CCCCAAUACUAAACAAUGGAGAUGGAGGUGAUGAUGCCUUCCCCCGCCCCCGACUUCAACUUCGACAGCGCCUCCACCACCCCUUUCAUGAGCGCCCCCUCCAGCCCCACCCGCAUCCCCUCCUCCUCCUUCUUCUACAGCGCCCCCACCAGCCCCACCGCCGCCAUCCCCUUCCUCUGGGAAUCCACCCCCGGCACCCCCAAAUCCACCUAUGAUCAAGACCUCGACGACGCCGACUUCGCCUUCGACUUCAGCGGCCACCUCUCCUCCGCCCCCUCCCUCCCCGCCGACGAGCUCUUCCACGCCGGCAAAAUCAAGCCCCUCAAACCCCCUCCCCGCCACCUCUACUCCCCUUCCAAAUCCUCCCCCAAAUCCCCACGCUCGCCGCGGAAGAACAUCUUCUCCCCCCGCCACAAAUCCAGAGACGAAAUCGACCCCUUCGCCGCCGCAAUCGAACACACCACUAAAGACGCCGCCGACAGAAGAGGAAGAGAUAGAAGCAGCAGAAACAAAGGCUCAUCGCGAUCGCUCUCCCCCUUCCGCGUCUCCGACCUCUUAUUCGAGCCAGAAAACGAAACCACGCAUCAUAAUCAAUCGAAAUCGAACAGCAGCAGCAGCAGCAGCAGCUCGGUGUUCUCGUCGUCGUUCUGGUACAAGAAGUGGAAGAUCAAAGACCUCUUGCUAUUCAGAAGCGCGUCGGAGAGCCGCGCCAAGGAUAAGGACAACAUGAAGCAGUACUCGCAGCUGAAGAAACCAACGAUGAUGAAUCGAAACGACGACGUAAAGAACUCCAGCUUCAGAUCGACGGAGAGCGUCGGCUCCGUCUCCAGCCGGAGAAGAACCGGGCCGCCGAUCUCCGCGCAUGAGCUGCAUUACACCGUCAACAGAGCCUUCUCCGAGGAGAUGCGGCGGCGGACGACGCUGCCGUACAAGCAGGGAUUGCUCGGCUGCUUGGGCUUCAAUCCGGUGCCGCCGGAGAUCUCCAAAGGCGCCGCUUCUAUGCCGCGCGUUUGAGAAAAACACGAUUUUCUUUUUAAUUUAUUUGUAGAGGAAUAAUACAUUUUAUUUUAAUUUUAUACGUAUGAUGAAAUGAAACAAUUCAAUUUGUACACGUAAUGUUUGUUUUACUUUUGGAAUUGAAAGCCAUCUUUCGGGACUA